AUGCACUUUUUUUAUAUAUUGAUACUCUGCUUCCUAUCAUCCCUCGGACAUGCUCGGAUUCAAAUUCGUUCCAAAAAUCCUACCUCAAUCGACAAAUCAGCUAUUUUGCCACCAACAAACUAUGUCUAUAAAACGGUGUCCUUGAAAAGCAACUACACUAUUCUUGACGACCUCAACCAUGAUUCCUUCGCCCCUGGCGCUGGCGGAGUCGUCGAGAUCAAGGGCAAUAACGACUUCCAAUGGUCUAUUGAGCAUAUUUCGAAUCUAGUGCAUAUCGUUGGCUAUAAAAACAGCAGCAAAUACAUACAUUUCCCGGAACUCAAGGACGGAGCAGUUGCUACCUUCAGCGAAUAUACUGCAACAUUCUUCAACGCUGUGUUAACUCCAAAUCUCAUAUUCAAUUUCACUACUACCUUUAUGGAGUCCGACACCGGCCCUCUUAUGUGGACUGUGGAAGCAUACAGUGAUCGUGAUCCACGCAAAGUUCUCAAGUUACGAAAACCGGAGUCAGGAAACGCCAGGCAGAGAUUUGUUCUGAAGAAGGCCGCAAUACAGGAUAACUAG